CAUUCUGCAACUAAAUUUCAUGGAUUCCAAUUCUAAUACCGUGGUUGUGACUGGUUUUGGGUCAUUUGGACGCCACCCUGUUAAUUCUAGCUGGGAAGCAGUGAAGGAACUCUACAAUUUGGGUCUGGGCAAAGAUGUGGUGGUUCAGAUUCUGCAACUGCCUGUGUCUUACAAGAAAACAAAGGAGCAAGUUUCCAAAAUUUGGGAAACCCUUCAACCCCAACAGUUCACUGUCCAUGUUGGAGUUGCUCCAUCUUCCAAAGCAAUCAUCCUAGAACAGUGUGGCAGGAACCGAGGUUAUAAAGAUGAAGAUAUUUGUGGUUUUUCGCCAGAAGGUGGUGUUUGCCUGUCAGAUGGCCCAGAUGUGAUUGAAUCUACUAUCAGCAUGAAAGCAGUUUGCAAAAACAUCUCUGUCAAUGGAAUCCAGGUUCUCUAUUCCAGAGACGCGGGAAGAUAUGUCUGCGAUUAUACCUACUAUUUGUCUCUGCAUUAUGGAAAUGGCUGUGCUGCUUUCAUUCAUGUCCCUCCAUUAUCCAAUUUGCUAACAGCCGACCUUCUAGGAAGAGCAUUGCAAAUCAUUAUCCAAGAGAUGUUAAAACAGUUUGGAAAGGCCAGAGAAUAAAGCAUGACUUGCAGAAAACUCAGAUAAUCACUGUGUUAUAUGCCGAGGGAAACCAAAGGAGGAAAGAAGUCUUCAAGGGAAAAAAUUGAAUGCUGAAAUCCUGCUAAGAGUUUGACUGCACUUUUGAGAGAUUUUUUAAAAAAACUGCUUGUAAAAUGGUGUUUACAGAGAAGAACAAAUUAUGAAUCAACCCAAUGAAAACUCAAGGGGUUAUAUUCCUGUAAGAAAAAGAUGAACACAGUAAAAGACAGA